AUGGCUUCGCCGAAUUGCUCAAGUCUUUUAAUCAAUGUUAAAGAUUUACUGCUACUGCAAGGCGUCGAAACACAACGGGUGAAGUUUAAGAAGGCAUGGCACAACAAGAGGGAAGGCGGAAGUUACUGGCAAAUUAUUCACACAAUCUGUGCCUUCGCUAACGAUUUUUACAACGACAAUGGCGGCUACAUUAUUAUCGGUGUAGAGGAGAAAGAAGAUUGGGAAAAUGACACAGAUGACCGCCAGAUCAUUCUGCCGCCUCUUGGUGUUCUAGCCAGGGACCUCGAUCGAAUUCAGAAGCAGAUCACGGGCGCUUGUCGAGAGAAUAUUAGGCCUGAAUACUUCCCUAUUCUUUCACCCGAGGUAGUUGAAAUGGAAGGAACAACAAAGCAUGUACUCGUGAUCUGGGCGAUGGCUUCCGAUAACCGACCCCAUUCGUGUAAGGAAAGUGAAAAAGGUCAAAGUCGUUACUACAUCAGGCGAGCUACAGAAACGAGGAAAGCCUCACCAGACGAGGAACGUCAACUGUUGACUUUGCACAGCAAGAUCCCUUUCGACGACAGGAGGGCGCACACAUCUGGUAUAUUGUUAACUGUUGACUUCUUCCUUUACAGGCUUGUUUUAAAAGACACUCCACAAAUUUACUUUUGUUCAAUUCGGCGACUAAUUUUUAGCGAACGAACUCAAGAAACCUUUUUUAAUUACUAAAAUUGUUUAUAGUUUCAAAUCAUUGAAAUAGUCAAAUGCCAUGUGGUGCAUUGAUAGCCAUUCAUGACUAUCACCACCGUCAUUCCCAUAUUACAACUUCUGCUUUAGUUUUCUAACAAUUACCGUGAGCAAGAUAUAAAGAAAUAUGCAUCUCGAGGAGGAUGUUAUGGAGAUGAUGUGGGAUCACGCUGCCGGCCGCUUCUAAACUGCUGAGCCAGUGGCAAGCGCAUCGGUUUCUCAUUCCCGCGGGCUGGCGUCCUUAGGUUAGUUGGAUUUGUUUCUCGGUAGCCCUGAGUUAAAAUUCUCGGCAAACCUUGCAAAUGCCAGUUUGGAUCUCUUUUUGAAGCCUGUGAUGUUAUGUUGGUAUUAUUUGUUUCAAAUUAUUUGCGUAAAGUUCCUGUAAACUAGUUCGACCAGCUAAGUGUACUCCCACUAUAAACAAUGUUCUUUUUUUUAAAUGUCAAAAAUUCUGAGGACCCCUGCAACAGGCCUAAAGAGGAACGUGAUCCUAAAAGUAAGGAUUUUAUCGCCACAGUGUUCAAAGAGUCCUAGAGUGUUCUUCGUGAACAAAAAAUUUUACAUUUAACGUAAGGAAAAAUGUUCCAGGGUUCAGUUAUUGACUGUCUAAAACAGGUCCAAGUUAGACCUACACCUUAAAACUUCUGAGCCAAGAGAACACAAUGUUAAAAAGCCAAUGUUGUGUGGUUAAAGUCAGAACAAUACUGCUGAUACUGUGAUAUUCGUUUAUUUUUCCAACAGGCUCUGGCAAAAAGCUAUCAGAUGCUGAUAUUGACUUUGAACUAGUCAAAAAAUUCCUAAAGGGAGUUGGAAGCCGAUUACUUCAUCAACAAGGCGAUAAGAAACCAAUUCACUAUUAUGAAAGGCUGAAUCUUGUAACGCAAGUUGGAGACGCAAGUGAUGGUGGGAAAAUGGUCCCAGUUUUCGUUCCACGAAAUGUUGCCCUACUGUUCUUUCAUGCAAGUCCUCAUGAUUUCUUUUCAGGAGCAAAAACUGAAAUUGCAAUAUACACGCAUGAAGAUGAGGUUACGGAAGAAAAGACCAUCACUGGACCUAUUGACCAGCAAAUCCACGAAACCCUGUCCCUCAUUUUGGAAACAACAAAAGAAGAAGCUCGUCGUGAGUUUGUAGCCUAUCCAGUGCGAGCUCUGAGGGAAGCGGUUGUGAAUGCAUUUCACCACAGAGGCUACGAAGUGUGCGACAACAAUCCAAUAAAGAUCCACAUCAAGCCAAACUGCAUCGAUGUCGUGAGUUAUCCUGGCCCUGAUCCUACUCUCAAACCAGAACACUUCUCUGCCGAAAAUGAAGUACCUUACGUUCCGUCAAGAAACAGGAGAAUUGCUGAAUUGCUUAAAGAAAGGAAAUUGGCUGAAGGACGGUUUACAGGAGUAAGAACAAUUUAUAGAAGCAUGAAGAACAACAACAAUCCCAAACCAACCUUCGACUUCAGUCGGACCUACUUCCACGUUCGACUGCCAGGCCACCCUAAGUACAUUGUAUACUCCAUUGUACGAAAAGUUGACAAUUUUUGUGCAAAGGGAGACAAACACGGUGCCAUAAAAUUACUCAAAGAAUUCCUUGAUGAACAACUCAAAGAUACACCUUCAUUUCUGGGAUUUGAGAUGUUAAUUUCUAAACUUCUGGAUCUACUCGACAAUGACAUGAAACAUCCAUUCAUGAAACCUUACGAACGCUCUAUCACUGAGAAAUUGAGGCGGCUCAUUCCCCUUACCAAAGAGCUUAGCAAUUGGUGUGAUUCUACAAAACCCCUAGACAUUUCGACGGGUGUCAGGAUCGUGGAGAGACUUGUGGAAGAAGGUGCCAAGUAUGAAGAUGUGGAGUCUGCUGUCAGAAAAGCAGUUGAACUAUAUAAAAACAAAGGUCAGCAGCCACUGGCAUCUUCCCAAAAUGCUCACAAGCUGUUUGAGGCGAUGGGACGAGAGUUGACUAAAGCUAAUGGCUAUGUGGCAUACCAUGUUGCUUGCUGCAAGUUCAACCUGUACAGUCUUACUAAAAAGUCAAUGCAAAAGCGGAAGGACCUCGUCGGUUACCUAAAAGAAGCAGAGGAUUAUGUCGAUAAAGCCAUAUUACUAACAAAUGAAGAAGACAAGCGCCAACUGGCCAAACAAUACCGCCAGCUAGGUUACAUUCACUCCCAACUACAGGUCAUCCAAAAGUCAACAGAGGAGCGAGUCAUUGAAUUCUACGAGAAAGCACGAAAGUACAAUCCCUGGAUAGAAAUCAAUCAAGUCUACAUUCCAGCGGGGUACAAACCAAACUUC